AUGUUCGCCACGAGAUCCGAGUACGACCGCGGCGUGAACACGUUCUCGCCCGAGGGUCGUUUGUUUCAGGUGGAGUACGCCAUCGAGGCGAUCAAGCUCGGGUCGACCGCGAUCGCGAUCAAGACGAAAGAAGGGGUCGUGCUCGCGGUGGAGAAGCGCGCGACGUCGCCGUUGAUGGACUCGUCGUCUUUGGAGAAGAUCGCGGAGAUCGACGCGCACAUCGGAUGCGCGGUGAGCGGGUUGACGGCGGACGCGUGGACGAUGGUGGAGCACGGACGCGCGGAGUGUCAGAAUCAUUACUUUACCUAUAAUGAACCGAUGCCGGUGUUGUCCUGCACGUCGUCGUUGUGCGAUCUCGCGAUGUCAUUCGCUGGAGAGGGGGAGAAGCGGAUGUCGCGGCCGUUUGGCGUCGCGCUCCUGGUGGGCGGAAAGGACGACGACGGGUAUCACUUGGUGCACACCGAUCCGAGCGGGACGGCGAUGCAGUACAAGGCGAAGGCGAUCGGAAGUGGGAGCGAGGGAGCGCAGACUGCGUUGCAGGAGGAGUACAGGGAAGAUCUCACGCUCAAGGAGGCGGAGACGUUGGCGUUGAAGACGCUCAAGGCGGUGAUGGAAGAAAAGGUGAACGUCACCAACGUAGAUGUCGCGCGCAUAGCGCCGAAUUACGUCAAGUAUUCCGAUCCGGAGAUCCAAGAGAUCAUCGACAGGUUGUGA